UUGUGGUCAUCUAUUGGCUGAGAAGGGUUGAAUGUAAGAUGGCGCUUAGCAAGGUCUGAGGCGAAAAAGGGGAAAAAAUCCCCCGUAGUAUUGUAGAGUUGUUAAAUAAAUAAUAGGGACGGUGUGAAAUUGUGGGCUCUCUCGCGGGGUCGUACGCACUGUGGAUCUCAGGAAAGGCUAAGGGAUUUCAAGCGAGAGAGUCAUUUACUGUAUAGCAGUAGUAUUGGUAAGUCUGUGAAUCUGCUCAGGCUGGAGUCAAGGGAUCAAGAGAACAUUGUACCCACCCUGCCAACCAGCACCAUGAACAACUCCUUAGAAAAUACUAUGUCAUUUGAAGAGUAUGUCCGCCAAAAAGCACGCUUGAUCCCACAGCACAGAAUGAAGGAAUUUCUGGAAUCGCUUGCAGCAAAAGGACCGGAGGCUGCAUUACAGGACUUUCAGCAGCCUGCAGCCACCACAGCUAUGGUCUAUCAACCAGGAGGGAAUUGUAUCUACACAGACAGUACAGAAGUAGCAGGUUCUUUACUUGAACUGGCCUGUCCUGUGACCUCCAAUGUCCAACAACAAGAGCAGCAGAUUCAACAGCCGCAGCAGGUGCAGGUACAAGUACAAGUUCAGCAAUCUCCACAGCAGGUAACUGCACAGCAGCUUUCUCCACAGCUCAGUGUUCAUCAGCCCACUGAUCAGCCAAUCCAAGUGCAGGUGCAGAUCCAAGGGCAGGGAGUGCAAGCCCAGCAGCAACAGUCAUCGCAGGUGAUGCAGACACAGGCCCUUCAGAGUCCUAGCCCAUCACAGCAGCAGCUGCAGGCAGGGUCCAUUCAGGUGCAACACAUUCAGGCUAGUCAGCAGCUUCAAGGAGCUACUGACAUACCCGAGGAUCAUAUUCAGCAUCAACACAUCCAGGCCCAACUGGUGGGUCAGGCUCUUUCAUCUGGUCAGAUCCAGAUUCAGACUGUGGGGCCACUUUCUCCUCAGCAGGGCUCUCCAAGAGAGGGAGAACGUCGCGCCAAUACUACUAGUGUCUUACAGCCAGUCAAGAAGCGCAAGGUUGAUAUGCCUAUUACUGUGUCAUAUGCAAUUUCUGGUCAGCCACUUGCCACAGUGUUGGCUAUCCCACAGGGGCAGCAACAGAGCUAUGUGUCAUUAAGGCCGGAUUUGUUAACUGUAGAUAGUGCUCAUUUGUACAGUGCUACUGGGACAAUCACAAGUCCAACUGGGGAAACGUGGACCAUCCCAGUGUACUCUGCACAGCCGAGGAGUGACCUGCAGCAACAGAACAUUACUCAUAUAGCCAUUCCACAGGAAGCUUACAAUGCUGUUCAUGUCACUGGCUCGCCCACAGCAUUAGCAGCUGUAAAACUAGAGGAUGAUAAAGAAAAAAUGGUAACAGCUGCAUCAGUUGUUAAAAACUCUCAUGAAGAAGUUGUACAGACCCUUGCUAAUACACUUUUCCCAGCCCAGUUCAUGAAUGGAAACAUUCAUAUUCCAGUGGCUGUGCAGGCAGUAGCUGGACCGUACCAGAAUGCUGGGCAGUCUGUGCACAUAUGGGACCCUCAGCAGCAACAGCAGCAGCAGCCACACCAGCAUCAGCCUCCACAGCAUCAGCAUCAGACACAAGAACAGCAGCAACCACCACAGCUGCAGGCUCCAGUUGUACCAGUCAGUGAAGUAGAGCCUCCAACCCAGCCAUCACCAGAUCUCAUACUGCCAAACUCCCUUAAACCUGAAGAAGGCCUGGAGGUUUGGAAAAACUGGGCUCAGACAAAGAAUGCAGAGCUGGAGAAGGAUUCUCACCACAGGCUAGCACCAAUUGGCAGAAGGCAGCCGUUAAGGUUUCAGGAAGAUCUCAUCUCAUCAGCAGUAGCAGAGCUGAAUUAUGGACUGUGUUUAAUGACUAGAGAAGCUCGAAAUGGAGAAGGAGAACCUUAUGAUUCAGAUACUCUCUAUUACAUAUUCCUUUGUAUCCAAAAGUACCUGUUCGAAAAUGGAAGAGUAGACGACAUAUUCUCUGACCCAUAUUACACAAAGUUUGCAGAGUGGUUACAUGAUGUUUUGAGGGACCAUCAGCCACGUUUUACACCUCUUGGUUAUAUGAUUCCCAGCCAUGUGACAGAGGAGAUGUUAUGGGAAUGCAAACAGCUUGGUGCACACUCUCCUGCCACCCUUCUCAACACUCUUAUGUUCUUUAACACAAAAUACUUCCUGUUGAAGACAGUAGAGCAGCACAUGAAGUUAGCUUUUUCCAAAGUUCUUCGGCAAACAAAGAAACACCCAUCAAACCCUAAAGACAAAAGUACAAGUAUCCGAUACCUGAAAGCCAUGGGUAUUCACCAGACAGGACAGAAAGUUACAGAUGAUAUGUAUGCAGAACAAACAGAAAAUCCAGAGAAUCCACUUCGUUGUCCCAUUAAGCUUUAUGACUUCUACCUCUUCAAAUGUCCACAGAGUGUCAAAGGUCGAAAUGAUACAUUUUAUUUAACACCAGAGCCUGUGGUGGCACCCAACAGUCCCAUCUGGUAUUCCACACAGCCAAUCAGCAGAGAGCAAAUGGAACAGAUGUUGACUCGAAUCUUGGUGGUACGAGAAAUUCAAGAUGCCAUUGCAUUGUCAUCUUCCAGCAAUAUGCACUAGGAGGGACUAUUGUUGCAACAGAAAUAUAAAUAUAUAUAUAUUAUAUUAUAAAAAUAACUGUACAGACUUUUACACUAAAGAUGCCUAACUUUUCUGUUAUUUCCUUUUUUAUCUGUGUAGUUAAGAAGCCCUUUUUUGGCUUCUGUUUAAAUAAAAAAAUUCCCAUUGUGAAUCUUAAAAGACUUCUGAAGCAUCACAUUCUCACAGAGAUGGAAGAUUCGACAUUUUGCAGCAUUAACAGGAUUGCCUUUAUUUGCAUCCUCAGAAGGGGGUGAAAGACUGCCAACGAGAAGGAACUAGAUUAAAACUUGUUUUCAGAUUGAACAUCCUUCUUAUAACAUGACUGUCAAUGCACAGGCUGCUUACCCCAGCAACAGAUCACAGUACAUUUUAAAAAGGAAAAAUAUAUAAAGCAAAUUGUUUAUAAAAGGAUUUUUAUUCAUCAAAACAUUUUUGAUGCCAGUCUAAAAUAACUUUUCCCAAACUUUUUUUUAAUUGGCCUUGUUAUGAGGCUUUAAAGUCACAAGGCUUGUGUGCCUAAAAAGAAGGGGGGAAGGGGCUUGUAACAUACACAUGUAUUAUAUGAGAGAGCUGUUUCUCUUGUAUGUAUUCGUUUACUAGUCGUUUAUCAAAAAUGACAAGCACGCGUUUUCAACAUUGA